GAACAGCCCCAUGACAUAGUUGUGGACCUCAACAAGUCCUUGCAGAAUUUUCUCUUGCCACGAUUUCUAGACUGUGUGAGUUUCUCAGUGUUACUUAACGUAGCAGUUCCUCUUCAGCCACUUGAGUAAAUUGUUGGCACCGCUGUGACCAUGGCGAAGCGUCCUGCUGGGUCAGACCUCAAUAGGGACAACUGGGACCAAGAUGAUGAACCAGAACAACAGGCAUUUGGUGAUGGAGCUUUUCAGCGCGCGUCUGAGGAAGAGUUAGCCAGGCGCAAGAUCAAAGUAGCCAAGCGUAGGUCUGACUUGGUCACUUCGGAUGGCAGUGACAAGCCCAGUGUCUUCAAGAACUUCUCUGGCUUCUCUGGCAUGACGAAUGCUAGCAGCUCUGCAACCACUUUUGAUUUUGGAGCUAAAAGUUCAAGUGAACCAAAAUCUGAAAUGAAGAAGCUCUUUGAAGCAUCUAGUUUCAAACCAAGCACUAGCAUUGGCUCUUCAACAUUACCUACAUUCAGCUUUUCUUCUUCUACUAGCAACAAGGAGAACUCUAAACCUUUAGAAAGCAAUUCAACUUCUGUCAAUGGAUCGGCAAGCUCCAGCGAGUUAUUGAAAAAGUUAUCUGGCAGCGAAGGAGACAGUAACAAAGUAUUUCAUGAGAAAUUGAAGUUAUUGAAUGAAGGUGUACUGCAGUGGGUUCACAAGCACGUAACGGCCAAUUGUCUCAUCAAUUUAAAUCCUGUCUUUGAUGACUACAGAAAACACUUUGAUGCUCUAGAAAAACAAUUUAUGCCUAAAUUUGAGAAGAGUGCAAGUACUUCUUCUGCUUCAUCAUCUACCGUUGUUUCGAGUGCCUCAAGUUCUCCUUCGUUAUCUUCCACUAAUGUAACAUCACCAAAGAACGCCAAUGAAGCUGCGUUUUCUGUGACUGAUAGUGUAAAACCGGUGUUCUCUUUUGGAGGAGGAACUGACUUGAAACCGAAAGAGAAUCCAGUUCCUGGAAAAGUAGAUGUCUCGAAGCCUGCUUUUUCAUUCAUGUCUUCCACGUCAACCAAUUCUGUUCCAUCUGUAACUUUCAGCGAAUCGAAGGAUAAAAAUGUCAGGACUCUAGAUCCUAAGCAAUCAUUUCCUGAAGGAGUUACUUCUGGACUUUUUUGCUUUGGUGCAGCAGUAGCUCCCAAGUCUGGCAGCGGCAGUGGAGGUUUCUCAUUAGGUUCAGGAAUGAAUUUUGGAGCAAAAGAGAACACUGGGUUCUCAUUUGGCGGAGGUGCCUUGUCCUCGGGAGCAAAGGAAGGCUCUGGUUUCUCUGGCUUUGGAUCAAAAAGCGCCUUGACUUUUGCACCUGUACCACCAAUAGCCUCCGACUCCAAAACGGAAGAAGAUGAAGAAGAAACGCCACCCAAACCCGAAGUGCUGGAGGUCAAGGAAGAGAACUCCUUCUAUGAAAAGAAGUGCAAACUUUUCUACAAGAAAGAUGGAAGCUACGCUGACAGGGGAGUUGGGACUCUCUUCCUGAAGACGGUCGGUGACACCAAGAAGACGCAGCUCAUCAUGAGGGCUGCAACGGCUCUAGGCAAUGUUUUGCUAAACAUUGUUUUGAAUUCUUCUCUUCCUACACAGAGGAUGGGUAAGAACAACGUCCUCAUUGUGUGCGUGCCCAACCCACCGUUGGAUAACAAGGAAGGAACAGAUAAACCGGUCACAAUGCUCAUCAGGGUCAAGACUUCUGAAGACGCUGAUGAACUUUUUAAACAAAUCAAUGACCAUAAAGGAGAUUAGGUGUCUUUGAAGUUAUUUUUUUUUUAAACCACACGUCGGAUAUAACAAUCUUGAUGUUCUAAAAACUGUGUUUAAGCUUAACUUUAUCAUGGGAGGAACCAUAGAAACUAUUUUGUUCUUGCUCUUGCUUUCACUAAAACCAUUUUCAAAAUCGUACUAGAAAUAUGCAACCGUAGGAUCUACUGGAAUAGCCUAACCAUACCCCGGUAGUUACAAACUUUUUGACUUUAUUUUAGAACUAUCGUACGCUUUUUGCGUGCACUCAACUUAGUUGCUGCGUAAACUUCAAUGGAUUUGAGUCAUUGAUGACCGCCGAUUGCCUGGUCUGUGUACUGGAAUUUAUUGUUUCAUGUUCCGCUAUUGGUUGCGGUCGCAAAAGGCUUAAUUUUCAAAUUAUAAAUUUAGCGCUUGAUUAAUCAAGAAUCUGCAUUGAUGAUUAAAUACAACUGCAUCACUUUGCCAAUCAUGGUGCAGUAAUUUCGUGUCUUUUUUCUGAAGAAGCUAUUUGUUUAGUGGAAUUUAGCAAGUCUUGUUAUUUCUCAAGUUUAUUUUGAAUAAUUACUCUUCAUAAACAUGGAUUGAAUGCCAAAUCCUCUAUUCUUGCCGUCUUCCUUAUCGUAGCUUUUCUGGGGUUUGCUUUCUCUACUUAAACGCGUUUGCUUCUUAUUUAUUGAAACAAAUUUUGUUGUUUGCUCAUAAGCCCAAAUGUUCUUGAACCUAUAUAGAUUUUUUUAGGGGGGGAUAUUCUUCUCCAUUGGAAUUGGCCAAAUAUUUUCCCUCAUUGCAGGUCUUGCGUCCUUUUGAUGAGUGAAUUAAAUAAUCCGACAUA